ACUUGCCAUAUCCAGACAACGUGUAUCCCGACGCCCAUGAGCAAGCGCCACUGCGCAAGGUUGCUGUGUACUCUGUCCCCUGCACGCAUUAGCUCAAUACUUACAUUGUCCAUUAGUCGGCCAUGCCCAACCGCUCGGAGUAUCAACCACUCUCCCAAGGUGCUGAGGACGAGGAAGAGGCAGAUGUCGUAGAGGGCCUCUCCCCCGCCCCGCGGCCCUCGCCACGGCAGCGUCGGCCAGGACACAUAGACCUCAGCAAGCUCGACACUGCGUUCAAGAGAUGGACGGAGUCGAUUGCACAGAAAGUCAAGCGCAGGAAGAAGGUCGAGGACAAUUCGCGGAAAGAGAUCUUCCACAGCGCAUUCGAGCCCGCUGUCGUUGCAUACAACGUCAAUACUGGACCUGUGAUGAAGGACGCCAUUGCAGAUGGCAUUCACCCCAAGAUGAUCACGAAGGGCUCCUCGGGUUCAUAUUUUGCGCGAGCGAAGGUAGAUGGCAAGGUUCAGACGGUUGCCGUUUUCAAACCGAAAGACGAGGAACCAUAUGGACGUCUUAACCCGAAGACCACCAAAUGGCUUCAUAGACAGUUCAAGUGGAUCAUACCAUUUGGUCGUGCAUGUCUCAUUCCCAAUCUGAGCUACAUCUCCGAGGCCGCUGCAUCACUUCUAGACGAGAGGUUGAACUUGAACAUUGUACCCAGAACACAGCUCGUCUCUUUGUCAAGCCCAGCUUUCUUCUAUGACUGGCUAGAUCGGCAAGCAGCGAAGAAGGGCAAACCAUUACCAGAGAAGAUCGGUAGCAUGCAAUAUUUCCUUAACGGGUUCACAGAUGCAUCCGAGUUCCUUCGGAGACACCCUUGGCCGGGCCGGGCCAUCUCUGACACAUUCGACGACUCAAACCAUCGGAAAGGGAGCUGGUCAAAGAAGCUUAUGUUAACAGUGAAGAUUGUCUGCGGUAGAACAGGAGACGAGGAGCAUAUAUUUGACGAAGACGACCGUGAAGACGAGCGGUAUCUCUUCGAUGUGUCUGAGAGCCGGACAAAUGAGCCUUUCCAUUGGACGCCAGCAUUGCAAGACAGCUUCCGAGAAGAACUUGAGAACGAAUCUGCAGAUUAUCUUAUGCUCAACACCGACCGCGGCGCGGACAACUACAUGAUCAAGUAUUGCGAUGGCGAACAGGGAAAAAUGCCCCAAAUGGCGGAGCUCCGGCGGACAGAGUCCGGGCGAAGCACACCGCAGAUGUCAACAUCGACGAAUGGGCAACCGUACGUGCGGCAGCCGCAUAUACACAUCGCUGCCAUUGACAACUCGCUAUCGUUCCCGCAUGAACAUCCGAGAGGCUGGCGCUCGUACACGUAUGGGUGGUUGUACCUCCCUGUCAGUAUCAUUGGCCGGCCGUUCAGUCAAGAGACAAGGGACCACUUCUUGCCAUUGUUGACAUCGAAGGCGUGGUGGGCAGAAACGACCUAUCAGCUGCGGAAGCUGUUCGCUGUGGAUCCUGACUUCCACCCCAAAAUGUUCAACCGGCAACUUGCUGUGGUGAAGGGGCAGGCUUGGAACAUCGUUCAGGCUCUGAGACAUGCGGUCAGACCGCUCGAACUGACACGUCGGCAGAAAGUCCUGGUCUGGGACGACGAACUCGAGGUGACGGACGAGAUGCUCCCUGAUCUCGCCAACGUGGCCUUACCGUCACCACAUCUACCGCCGCAGUCGCCUCACGCGUCCGUCAUCACGAUGCCUGUCCAGAAGCACGCACGCAGCCAUAGCUCCUCUGACUUCCCGCCGCCGAUGCGCCGUGUCUCGUCCGAGAACUCUGGUGUCUCGCGCCCCGUACCGUUCGCGAAGAAGUUUACACGCCAUAUGGAGCGGCUAGACGAGGUUGAGGCUGGGUUGAAGCGGAUCGGUGUCGAGGAUGAGGCGCUAGACGAGGACGUGGAAGUUGAUGUUGGAGAGAUGGCAAGCUCCGUGCCGACGCGGCCGUCAAAUACGGAGGCGGAGGAGGCAGGAGCCGAUGCGUUGUCACCUUCAGCACCAUCAGAGCGACUUCCAGCUGUCCCGGAGGACGCACUCAGCGCAUCCAUGACAGAGGAGGACUUGGUCGCAAUGUCAAAAUCGUUGCCGCAGCUCGACAUCUCACCAGGCGCUCGACAUAGCCGGUGGCCUAGCAUGGGUGGACCGGCACCAGAGCGACCAAGCUUGGACUGGAUAGAUUCUGCUGAGAGUCCGAAACCACGUACAGUCAUUUCUGAGCGACUGGAGACGGUCAACACAAAACCGUUCUUCGAUUGUUGGUAGUCCUUGCAGAGGCUAUAUGGUAUUGCUCAUGCUCGCAUCGCUUUGACCUUUGACCCUACACGUUGCUCGCUUUCACAUGCACGGAAUCUUCAUGUUUGUUUGUAUAUUAGAACAUCUGGACUAUACCAUACAAUGCGUCAUAGAUUGGGGACUACAGAAAGGAAUCGUCGUG